AUGGCUCAUCCUAUCAAAUUCAUGAAGGAUCUUCUGAUCCACAGCUACGUGUAUCAUGUCGCCAAACCGAUAGAUCUUCAUGCUUUAGCCAAAACAGAUUGGGGAGGUAAGAAUAUUAAAGUACAAAAAAUAAAUUUGAAUUUUUUAGACGAAAAUAUUGUAUUAGAAGCCUUUGAUUAAAAGAAGCAAAAGCUUACAAAACUAGCCUAUUUGCUUUACUACCUAAAAUUUUGUUGUAAUUUAGCGGUCACCGGCUGUACUCAUGGAAUCGGAAGAGCGUACGCCGAGGAAAUGGCCAAAAAAGGCUUCAACGUGCUGUUGAUUGGCCGUACUCCGUCAAAGUUGGAGAAGACACAAACUGAACUGUCCCAAGAGUACCCUCACCUCAAGUUUGAUGUAGCCGAGAUUGACUUCACAACUUCAAAACAAGAAGAUUACGAAAAGGCAAUGAAGGGAAAGCUAGAAAAAGUUGGGUUUUUGGGUACGUUAAUAUUACCAAUUCUAUGACUUUUCACAAAGCUUAAAUUACCAAAAAUCGCCCCGCCAUAUACACCUUUAAAAAUAUAAUUUUUUUAAAAAAACCUAAUGCCUUAAAAUUUAAAACCAUAUUUUGAAGUGAACAACGUCGGCUACGUCACCAACUACCCAGAUACCUUGUUGAACCAAGAAUAUGGCCUAAAAGACGCUUGGGACACAAUUAAUGUCAACAUCAAAGGAAUGGUGGCCAUGACCUACUUGGGUUUACAAGGCAUGUUACCAAGAAAUGGAGGUAUCAUUGUCAACGUUACAUCAGCCGCUGGAGGCAUGGCUUUUCCUUAUAUGGCUAUCUACUCCAUGACAAAGGUAUGACGAACUUUGAUACUUAAAAUUUAAAUUUUUAAAAAUCGGCCAUAGAGCCAAUAUACUUUAAUAUUAUCAUAUACAUAUUAUCAACGUAUUGUCAAUUUCAGAAAGCUGGAGUUCAUUUCACAAGUGCCAUGAUGAGAGAAUACCCCCAAAUCUACUUCCAAAACCUAGUCCCAGGAUGGGUAAUGACAGAAAUGGCAAAGAUCAGAGAAAAAAGAUGGCACUCCGUCACUACAGAUGAAUACGCUGCUUCGGCUAUCAACACUGUUGGGCUGAUUAAAGAAACCCGAGGAAACUGGAAGAAUCAGCUAUAUUUCAACCUGUUCUUCAACGGUCUUCCAGAAGAAAUGGCACAAAAGUUCUGGGAGAAAGGGAUGAAAGAAAAGAAGCAAGAGAACAUACUGUACCAACAAGAUCUACUAAACGGAAUCAAAAACAAACUGGUCAAGUGA